AUGUUGCUCCCUGUCCUCACUCUUGUUGCGUCUCUCGCGACCGUAACUUAUACACUCUAUGUCAUCAUUACUACGCACAUCCUCCGGCACCGCAUGAGAAAGGAGUAUGGUUGCCUUCCACCGAAGAAACUGCCCCAGAAAGAUCCAAUUCUCGGAACAGAUGUCGUUCUUCAAAACUUGGCUGCUGCGAAGAAAUUCGGGUUUCUUGCUUUGUUGAAGAAGCGUCAUGCCGAGCAAGGCCAGACGUUCACUACCAACACUUACUUACGCACCACAAUCAACACUUGUGAUCCGAAACUCAUUCAGACUGUGCUGUCGAACCAGUUUGAAGAUUUUGGAAUGGGGCCUCUGAGACGCAAGAGUGCGUCCCCGCUCUUGGGAAGAGGCAUCUUUACCACCGACAAUGAAAUCUGGGCUCACCAGCGAGCACUCAUCCGGCCCAGUUUCAUCAGAGCGCAAGUCACGGAUUUCGACAUUUUCGAGACGCAUGUGGAUCAGCUGAUUCAACUUAUUGCGCGUGAAAACUAUACCGUCGACCUGCAGCAGCUGUUCUUUCGCAUGGUUCUUGACUCCAAUAGCGAAUAUCUUUUCGGAGAGUCUGUCGGAUUAAUGUCCGACAAUGCUUCUGAUUCCGCACACACUUUCCACCAUGCCUUGGAUUAUGCUCAACAAGGAACAAUUCUGCGACUUCGGCUGGGUAACUUGAUGUUUGCUCACCGAGACGCGAAGUUCAGAGAAUCUUGCAGAAUCGUACACGCAUAUGCCGACAAGUUUGUUAAACAGGCACUUGAGUUCCGCCAACACGCUAAGCUGCAUCCCACUGAGAAGCAGGAUGAAUACACCCGCCAGAAGUAUGUUUUCCUCAACGAGCUGGCCAAGGACACCGACAACCCAAUCAUGCUGCGAGACCAGAUCGUCAAUAUGCUGCUUGCAGCUCGGGACACCACUGCCGGACUUCUCGCCUUUACGUUUUUCAUGCUGGCCCGCCACCCUGAAAUCUGGAAAAAGCUUAGGGCUGAUGUGCUUGAGCAUUACACGGAGCCUCUGACUUAUGACGCUGUCCAGAAAAUGACAUAUCUUCGCUACGUCAUGCAAGAGACGCUUCGUCUUUUCCCGCCCAUUGCGACUAACAGCCGUAUGGCUAACAAGGACUGCGUUAUUCCUGUAGGAGGAGGCCCUGAUGGACGUUCCCCCAUGUUUGUCGCAAAGAACAACGUGGUUACCUACAGCACAUUUGUUAUGCACCGCAGGCCAGAGCUCUUUGGUUCUGACGCCGAGGAAUUCAUCCCAGAGCGCUGGGAGACUUUCCGCCCGGGUUGGGAGUACUUACCCUUCAACGGUGGCCCCCGUGUAUGCCCUGGUCAAAAGUUCGCGCUUACCGAGUCAUCCUACACUAUUGCAAGGUUGCUGCACGCGUACUCUGCUAUUGACAACUUGGAUCCGACAGAGUGGCGCGAGCAACUUACUCUAUCCCUGACACUGAACAACGGUGUCAAGGUACGACUCCACCCAGAUGUUUAG